AUGGCAUCCGCGGGCGAUGCCAAUCGCCCUUAUGGCUCGUCGCAAGAGCGUGUCGGGUCCAGUUCAUCCGUUGUCGAAAAGACCCUCGAUGAAUGCCACGACUCUACCUCGGAUGAGGAGUACGAUCCGACCACCUUUCUCUCGCGCGAUGAAUGCGGAACUGUGGGCAUCUUCGGGCUCACGUCUGCAUUGCAUGCCCGUAGUCCCACCGACGAUGCCCAGUCCAGCCCCCGGAUAAGAGCUGAACCAGACCGGUACCAGCUGAUCGCCGAGGCAGCCCUGCAGCGACAGAAAGAACACGACCUGCGCGUGUUGCCCACCAUCGCGGGUAUCCCCGCUGAGCUCGCCAUGCAUCUACUCGACCUUCAUUGGAAUCGCCAGCAUCACACCUUCCUGCUCACGUAUCGUCCGGCCUUCAUGCGCGACCUGCUGCACGGCGGUCCCUACUGCUCCGAGUUUCUGUUGAACGCCGUCUUCGCCUGCUCAAGCAAGUUCUCCGAGCGUCUGGACGUCCGCGCCGACCCCCAUCGUCCGGAAACUGCGGGCAAGCGCUUCUUCGAACGCUGCGAUCAGAUCAUCGCGGAAGAGUCCCUCCUCACCCACUCCAGUAUCCCCACCAUCGCCGGCCUGAUCAUGCUGGGAAGCACCUUCAACGCCUGGGGACAGACCUCCAAGGGCUGGCUGUAUACCGGCUUUGCCUUGCGCAUGGUCCAUGAUCUCGGGCUGCAUCUGGACUGCAAGGAAAUUGCUGGUAGCAGCGCUGAGGAUAUCGAGGUGCGUCGGCGCGUGUUCUGGGCGGCUUUCAUCUGCGACAAACUGCAAAGUCUCUAUCUCGGCCGCCCCUUCACUAUCCAACUCCGCGAUGCCCACGUCUCGCGGGACUUCAUGGACACCUUUGAGGAAAAUGAGCUAUGGACGCCGUACGUCGAUCCACUCAAUCCUCCCACCCACAGCCCUCUCUCCUUCCGUCCGACCCGCAUCCACUCCGUCUCCGUCUUCCAACAGCUCUGCUCUCUCUCCAAAAUCAUGACCAGCAUUAUCGACCGGUUCUACAUGGUCAGCGCAACUGGACCCAGGGCCCGAAAACACCUUGCACAGAUAGACCGCCGACUCACGACGUGGUAUCUCAAACUACCGCCGGCGCUGCGCUUCGAGCCCUGGGCCGACGAUCCCACCGCACCCAGCUCAGCCACCGUCGCCGCGCCAAACAUCAUCAUUCUCCUGACAACAUACAACGCCCUUGUGAUCCUUCUACACCGCCCGUUCAUCGGCGCCAGCCAGCCCGCCUCCGACUCCUGGGAACGCUGUCUCACCGCUGCGCGCAACAUCACCAGUCUGGCGCUCGCAUAUCGCUCGGCAUACUCGCUGCGUCGCGCCAACUACCUGCUCAGCUACGCUGUCUACGUGGCGUGCACAAUUCACGCGCGCAACCCUGCGAUCCGGGAGAGCACGCGACGCAAAGAGGCGUCGUCGCCGCUGACAGUGUGUUUGCGGUGUUUGGAUGAGUUGGCGGUGCCAAAUUGCGGAGUGUCGACUCCGGCGAGGAUCAUUCGACGAUUGAUGGAAGCGAAUGGAAUGGAUACUGACAGUUCACGAGAUGAUGCUAACGUCCAAGACCCGUUUCCGGUGGAUAUGAAUUUUGACUUUCAGAUGCUUCCUGGCUUGGACUUCGGUGUUGGGCACGAUCCGGAGAAUCUAAUGCUCCAUGAUUUCAACCCGGAUGUGGAUUUGCUGUUUGGGUUCAUGAAUGGUUCUUAUCUGGAUAUGAACGGGGUUGUUUGA